CUCCCCAGCCCUAUUGCUUCUCCCCGUCGCCGAAUCCCUUCCCUUCUCAUCACCUUGCGACGCUGCCACCGCCGCGUCUCCCUCUCCCUCUCGCGAGAGCCACUUCCUGCCGGCUCUCCUCUCGUGAGUUCCCAAAGAGCCACAGCCGCCUGCUCUUUGUCCCUCACUCUCGCCGGCCUUUUCUCCUCGCACGAGCACCAGCCGAACCUCUCCUCCUCUCGCGUCGCCUCGGCCCCAGCCGCCGAGUUUCUUUUCCACUCUUCUCCUCACGGAUUCCCGCAACCACAUCCGGCGAUCUCCUCCUCACGCGAGCAGCAAGCCGCCGACCCUCUCCUUGCCGAGGACGUUGAUUGAAGACGGUUGACACGAUCUGCAUAUAAAGGAACGUGGCAUUUGUGACUCAUAUUGUCUUUUUCCUAAAGAACCGCUGUCGCCUCACAACCUUAGACGUUCACAAUGAGUUCUCUAUCAUUUUCACUUGCUGUCAGAGUAGGGGGAGUGGGGGACAAUUUCGUAUCUGGAUCAAAUAUUUUGGUCAGGGAGCAAAUUCUUGGUUCUGAUUCGCACAAGUGUUCAUUUUAUGGAAUUAGAGGAGCUACUAAUAGACGUCGGUUGUCUGUGUCUGCUGCAAAAAUUAGAAAGGGUAAAAAACAUGAUUAUCCCUGGCCUAAGGUCAUUGAUCCAAACAUGGAAAGUGGACACCUGAGUUAUCUGUCACAAUUCAAACCUCUGGCUGAGAAACCAAAACCUGUUACCCUUGCUUUUGAAAAGCCUUUGGUUGAGCUUGAAAAGAAAAUCACUGAUGUGCGCAAAAUGGCUGCUGAGACUGGUUUGGACUUCAGCGACCAAAUUAAUCUCCUGGAAAGCAAAUAUCAGCAGGCCGUGAAAGAUUUAUAUUCAAAAUUAACUCCAUUUCAACGACUGCAUAUGGCUCGUCAUCCCAACAGGCCGACAUUUCUUGAUCACGUUUUGAACAUAACUGACAAGUGGGUUGAGCUCCACGGUGACCGUGCAGGUUACGAUGAUCCUGCUAUUGUUACAGGUUUAGGAAAUAUAGAUGGAAAAACCUACAUGUUUAUUGGUCACCAGAAAGGCAGGAAUACUAAAGAAAAUAUUAAGCGCAAUUUUGGAAUGCCAACUCCACAUGGAUAUCGAAAGGCCUUGCGCAUGAUGAGGUAUGCUGACCAUCACGGAUUCCCAAUCAUCACAUUCGUUGACACACCUGGGGCAUUUGCCGACCUAAAAUCUGAAGAACUUGGUCAGGGGGAAGCAAUUGCCUUUAAUUUAAGGGAAAUGUUUGGCCUAAAGGUUCCAAUGGUCUCUGUCGUAAUUGGUGAAGGUGGAUCUGGUGGUGCUCUUGCUAUUUGCUGUGCUAACAAAUUAUUGAUGAUGGAAAAUUCUGUAUUUUAUGUUGCCAGUCCUGAGGCUUGUGCUGCAAUUUUGUGGAAGGAUUCUCAAGCUUCUCCUAAGGCAGCUGAAAGACUAAGAAUCACACCCAAAGCACUACGGAGAUUGAAGAUUGCUGAUGGGAUCAUCCCUGAACCACUAGGUGGUGCACACUUGAAUCCAACUUGGACUUCACAACAAAUCAAGAUUGCUGUCAUGAAUGCCAUGGAGGAGCUUUCUGAACUAGACAAUGAUAGCUUACUUCAUCAGCGAUACAUGAAGUAUCGGAUACUCGGCGGAUUUGUUGAAACUAAACUCGUGGACCCAGUUAAGAAAAGUAGGAUGAAGAAGAAGGAUGUGAAGAUGAUACCAGUUGAAAAAAGUAGUUUGGAGGAUGUGAAUACUUCUCUAGUUACAGAUGGCGGACAGAUUAAAAUUGAGGACCUCAAAAAGAGGGCACGAGAAGGAAAGAUCCUGCCUGUUUCUGCAGAGACAAUAACAAAAGUGAGGCAAGAAGUAGAUAAGGAAUUGACAAAUGCCUUCAUUUCUAUGGGCCUACAUGAGGAGCUGGAAAGUCUUAAAACUGAAUUAUCCAGAUCUCCUGAAACUAUUGAUUCAGCAUUAAAGGAAAGGGUCAACAAUCUGGUUCAAGAAUUUAAACAACAGUUUGAUCGCCCUGAAUCUUUCUUGCAACUGAAGCAGAAGCUUAAAGUGCUCUCAUGGGUGAGCAUGUUGCAUAAGCAGAUCCUUGAAAAGAAAAGGCCGCAGAAGGAGAACGAGAAGGCAGAGAAGCUGAAGGGAGAGAUCAAUGAGAAGCUCCUAGAUAAGAUGAAGGCUAAGAUGGAAGUCUUGAGAACGGCACGAACACUGGUGGCCAGUGGAACAGUGUUGGAUGCAGAUCAGAUUGAAGCAGUGGCGGCAGCGAAGGACACGCUUAUAGAGCUGCUAAAAUCUGUGAACCUGGAGCUAGUUGGCUUGGGAACGACAAAAUUGCCAACAGCUCCACCAGGGUUAGAAGAGGAGUUAACGAAGGUUGAUGAUGUGGUGAUGAAGGAAAUAGAUAUGGCAGUAGAGAAAGCUGGUCUAAGGCACAAGAUUGAGGAACUUAAGGCGGAGAUUGCAAGCAGUUCUAAUGAAGAAAAGAUAGAGCAAUUAGUGAGUGAGAUAAAGGAAGAAAUUGCUGCGGCUAUUGAUUUGACUGAGUUGAGAAAGAGAGUCGAAGCUUCUGUGGUAUCGUCCAUUCAAGAGCCAGCUUAUGCUGGCUGUGUGUAAAACUUAAGGCAGUUUCAUACGAGACGAUGCAUUUUUUUAUAUCCAGGGCUUCUUUCUUUUCAUUGUGCUGGUGCUAUACAUCUAGGUCCCAAUUAUGUUGGAGAUGCUUGAGAUGAUAUUCCUUUUUUUUAUUCAGAAGGUACAAUUAAAGUUGGUAAUAAAAAGUUCGUUCCCAACUUUCCAUCUCCA